CCCAACUUUGCUCGACUCUUCGAUGAUGAAAGAAUCUCGUAUUGACCAUCUUACUGAGAGGAAAGAUAAUGGUUCGGGYAAUGAAGAGGUUUCUUGUAAUGAGUGGACAGCGAGGAGAACAAUUGGAACAWGGGGACCAAAGCCUCCAUCACCGGAAGAUUAUGAAAAGCGUGGUGGAAAACCGAAGAUAAAGAAGAAGAASAAACCUUUGACUGCGUCAAAGGAUGGCAAGAAAAAGAAUGAAAAAACAGAAAGAGAGGUCGAAUCUCCAAGCAAAGAACCUAUCAAUCAAAACAUCAAUCCUCCGCCCUUUAAAGUGCCUGGGCAGUUAAAAGUUGAAAUACGGCAGCCGUUGACUGGGAAAAUAGAAAUGGCAUCUCGUAUCCUCUAUCGCACGGCGAGCCAAAAAAUCAAAGGAGAUCAUCUAGUUCUUCCACCGUUAAAGUCGAAGAGUGUAGAAGACSUCAAGGAAAGAUCAUUAGAGUCUCUCUCAGCCUCUUUAAUACGCCUUGGUCGAAGGUUCGCGGGAAGUGACAGUAGAUACGAAUACUCUCGAUUAAACACCUCAGAAGAUGACGAUAGUGGGACAGCUCCAAAACACUUGASACUAAGAUCUCACGACGAGACGCUUUUUGAAAARGAUAAGAGCAAGACAAAGAAGGAUGUCAAUAAGAUUCAAAGCGAAUGCGAUGCAGAGGAUAUAAGRCUCGCUAUUCAGGAGUUCAACAACGUGCGUCAAGUCUUGGGUCUCGAUGGCCCUGUCAGCACAUCCUUGGUCUACAAAUUUCUGCUUGCAAGAGAAUUCGAUGUAGACGAUGCUACACGUCUUUAUAAGAGCUAUUUGAGUCUUCGUAGAGUAUAUUACAAUGCUGAGUUGAGUCCCUUAAAUGAUCCUCUGCAGCAGGAACUGUACAGCGGGACUUUCACUGUGCUGGACGCCAGUGGAGGAGCUAUCGCCCUUUUCACGGCACACCUCCACAAGCAAGACAUAAGCCAUGAAGUAGUAUUGAACAACAUCUAUCUUCAGUUGGAUGAAGCAAUAAAGAGCCUUGAGGUCCAAAGAAACGGGAUAAUACUCAUAUACGACUUUUCUAACAUCAGUUACAAGACUUGUGAUGUUCAUUUAUGCUCWAAGAUCCUAGAGCUUUUUCAGUCAGCAUAUCCAGUGCGCGUAAAGAAAACAUACAUCGUCUCUCCACCUUUCUGGUUUGAGCCUGAAAUGCGGCUGUUUUCCGCUUCGUUUCGUGACCCCAAGAAGCGUAAGARCAUUAACAUUGUCACGCAAUCAAGACUUAAGAAUCAUCUCCCUGUCACUUGUAUCCCAAGAGGCCUUGGAGGAGAGUGUCAGGCUAAUCCAAUGAGAUUAAUYGAGCUAUGUGUUUCAUCACAUAAGGAUCGUCUGGGCUUGACAGAAAGCAAAGCUGAACGUUCAACUGAUGGYAAUGGACGGGACACAGUGCCACGUGAUCAAACUGGAAUGAAUGUUGACGGUGAAGGGCAAGACAGUCGUUGAAAAUAAUGCUGAAAGCCUUAUUGCUCGUUUUUAUUUGCAUUUGAUAUUUUGCUUUUGAUAUUUUUAUACAGUUAUGUAAGAACAGUAAAACCAGUAAAACAAUUUUUUAUA